AUGACACAUAAACCAUUCGAAAACACGAACUACUUUUCGGAAAUCGUUGGACACUUGUUGAAAACUGUCGGAGUCCUAUUUUGCGUUUUUACUUUGAAUAUUUUCUUGUGCUUUGUGUCUACGGCUACCGAUGGACACAAGUACGCGUUCGACUGGCGCAUCGUGCCCUUGUGUCUGGCGUUCGCGGCGCUGGACGUGUCCAUCAUAUACUACAACUACUUGGAAGCUUCCAGUUACGUGGGCGCGUCGUUCCGGAAGUGUUUCGAGGAGUCGUACUGCUUCGCCGUCAUCGAGCUGGCCAACCGGAACCUGGGCCCGUUCUCUGCGUUGGUCUGCGCCAUGUUCUACGGGCGCCGGCACAAAGCGGCCGCGCUCGCCGGCACAGAGCGCGUGCUGGCGUUCAUCCGGGACACGGAUCGGGACACGGGCCGGGACAAGGCCGUGCCGCUAUCGCGGGCUGCCAAGUACUAUUCGGCCGCCAUGAUGUUCGCGUACACUGUGUUCAUAUGGAUGUACACGGCGGCCGUACCGGCGAUCGUCAUAUUAUUUUACAGCAUAAACGCGGUGGGCCAGACAGCCAUCUACAACCUGGCCACGUUCCAGUACCACGUGCUGGGCUGCGGUUACGCGCGCAUCGAUCACCUGCUGGAGGCGGACGCGGUGGGCCGCCGGGCACGCCGGUCGCUGGCCGCGCGCGUGGCCCGCCUUGCCCGGGUGGCCGACGACUUUGGCCGACAGGUGAGCCACCUCAAUCGAGCGUACACGAUGAUCCUGUUUAUCAAGUGGCCGUACAGCGUGGUCCGCAUCACCAUGGUCGUGUUCCGCAUCAUCGAAUUGUCGGCCGCCGUGCAAGGCAACGGACCGUUCGCUCGCAUAGCCGUCGUACUCAUCGUCGAACACGUGGGCGAGAUAUUCUUGUUCCUGGUGCAACUGUCGUAUUUCUGCUACACGGGCGCCCGUUUGUCCAGUCAGGCACGUGUGUAUACGCCCGACGAUGACAAUAAUAUUAUGCCUAACGCCAACAGGACUGCAGCGAGCUUACAAAAAUUUAAACUCCAUUAUGAAUCCCAUCUGGACUUGGAUGUUAAAAAAACGAUAUGUGGUGUCAUUGCAACAUAUUUCUUAGUACUAAUUCAAUUCAAAAGUCAAAAAGGCAAAUCCAAACCUUUGUACUACAUUUGGAAUUAA